CACGGAAACACUAACGAGGAAGAGAACGUGAAGCUAUAUAUAUAUGUCUCGAGAGCUCACUGUAUCUCUUGCCGCCAUAGCUUCACAAGCUCUAACAUUUCCUCAAUUAAACCAAAUCCAUGCUCAGCUCAUUGUAUUCAAUUCUCUUCCUCGACAAAGCUACUGGGCUUCGCGUAUAAUCAGCUGCUGCACGCGCCUCCGUGCGCCGUCUUACUACACGCGGCUCAUUUUCGAUUCAGUGACAUUCCCUAAUGUCUUCGUUGUCAAUUCCAUGUUUAAAUACUUCUCGAAGAUGGAUAUGGCGAAUGAUGUUCUUCGUCUGUAUGAACAAAGAUCUCGUUGUGGGAUUAUGCCUGACGCUUUUUCUUUCCCUGUUGUGAUCAAAUCGGCUGGGAGAUUCGGGAUUUUGUUUCAGGCCCUUGUUGAGAAGUUGGGAUUUUUUAAGGACCCUUAUGUGAGGAAUGUGAUAAUGGAUAUGUAUGUGAAGCAUGAGUCAGUGGAGAGUGCACGCAAAGUGUUCGAUCAAAUUUCUCAGAGAAAGGGUUCUGACUGGAAUGUGAUGAUUUCUGGGUAUUGGAAAUGGGGAAACAAGGAGGAAGCUUGUAAGUUGUUCGAUAUGAUGCCAGAGAAUGAUGUGGUUUCUUGGACGGUGAUGAUUACUGGUUUUGCAAAGGUUAAGGAUUUGGAAAAUGCGAGGAAGUAUUUUGAUCGGAUGCCGGAGAAGAGUGUUGUUUCUUGGAACGCUAUGCUUUCAGGUUAUGCUCAAAAUGGUUUUACAGAGGAUGCUCUGAGAUUGUUUAACGAUAUGUUGAGACUUGGAGUUAGGCCAAAUGAGACCACAUGGGUCAUUGUUAUUUCCGCAUGUUCUUUCCGUGCUGAUCCUUCCCUCACUCGUUCACUAGUAAAACUGAUUGAUGAGAAGAGAGUCCGUUUGAAUUGCUUUGUGAAGACAGCAUUGCUUGAUAUGCAUGCUAAGUGCAGAGAUAUUCAAUCUGCUAGAAGAAUUUUCAACGAGUUAGGUACGCAGAGGAAUCUUGUGACUUGGAAUGCUAUGAUAUCUGGAUACACUAGAAUCGGGGAUAUGAGUUCGGCUAGGCAGCUUUUUGAUACAAUGCCUAAGCGAAAUGUUGUUUCUUGGAAUUCUCUGAUAGCUGGGUAUGCUCACAACGGGCAAGCUGCACUAGCCAUUGAGUUUUUCGAAGAUAUGAUUGAUUAUGGAGAUUCCAAACCGGAUGAAGUAACAAUGAUUAGUGUUCUCUCGGCUUGUGGACACAUGGCUGAUCUAGAAUUGGGUGAUUGCAUUGUAGAUUACAUUCGUAAGAACCAAAUCAAGCUUAAUGAUUCAGGAUACAGGUCUUUGAUCUUCAUGUAUGCUAGGGGUGGAAACCUGUGGGAAGCAAAACGGGUGUUUGACGAAAUGAAGGAAAGAGAUGUUGUCUCUUAUAACACUUUAUUCACAGCUUUUGCAGCUAACGGAGACGGGGUUGAAACGCUGAAUUUACUCUCAAAGAUGAAAGACGAAGGUAUUGAGCCUGACCGUGUGACUUACACUAGUGUCUUGACGGCUUGUAACCGUGCAGGAUUACUCAAAGAAGGCCAGAGAAUAUUCAAAUCAAUAAGAAAUCCACUGGCGGAUCAUUAUGCUUGUAUGGAUUUGUUGCGCUGA